AAGCAAAUGAGGGCAGCGCAAGCCCUUUUGAAAUAUUAAGGACAGCUUACUAAAGAGCGAAUUUGACGAAGGAAUAAUCAUUAAGAUUCUUGGUAAGUUCCUCUUUCCAAUCGUAGGGAAAAUGUCCAGCUAGGCAAAGCUAGAACUUAAAGAGUUGGACCCUUUCUUGGAAUGAUGAUCGCUGUCCAUCGAUGGAUCGCGUCAUAUUCACCUUUCCAAAUGGCAACCAUAUUUCAGUGCGAAAGUAGCUCGCUUGUGGGGGUAUGUAUAUAUAAAGAAAGAACUCGUCAGUUUCCCUACUCAGGCGCCUCAAGGCAUUUAUACGUAUGCUAUUGCCUCCGAAGGGGGGGGGGAGGGAGCGGGGGUCUUAUAAAGAAGUCAACGGUAAACGCAAGCACAUGAGUAUUGACGUGCCGCAUUCUCAUAGCCCAGGCUGGCAUCAACGCGAUUUUGUGGUCGAUCCCAUUUGGCUAUCGGUAAUUCUAGCAUGCACCAUUUCCCAUGGUUAAUAAAUAACAACAAAGCUAUGCGAAAUCCCCUUAACUGAAAAAGUGAUUCGAUAGCGUCUUUUCUAAAAUUCGACGCAAAUAUUUCGUGUUGUUUUCUCAAAACCUUCGUUCAAAGGUGAAAUGGUUGGUUAUGGAGUGCUCAAAUGGAAACAGCACCCACCGCGCAUGCAUUCUAUUUUCAACAUAGUUCUUUUUUUUUUGACAUCUAUUGAGUUGGAGCUAUUCCAUGUUGAAUACACAAUAGAUAAGAUUUCGCGCAUGCAAAACACUGGUAUUCCAUGCCUGACUGUGAAAGUUGUCGCUACGUGAAAUGGAAGCAUUCCUCGUGGGUUCGUCAUUUCAUCACUUGUUGGUCUUGAAUUAGGAAAAUUAACUGAGAGAGCAAAAAAGUGUGAAGGUGUUUAUACAUAUGAGUAUACCCAUAUAGUAUUGCAGCCGCAGGUCGUUCCAUUUUGUUCCUCUAUGGACUAUACCUAUCCAGAAAAGUACUUCAAGGCAGUCUUAUACUUCAAUAGUUGCAUACGAAAUCUAGAGAGUACUACACUGCUUAAUAAUGAGCAAAAAUUAAUGUUCUACGCGUUGCAAAAGCAAGCUGAGAACGGGCCAUGCACGGAGGCCGCUCCCUCGUUCUGGAAUUCGAAGGAACUCUACAAGCAUAAAGCAUGGUCUAGAUUGGGAAACAUGAGCCAAUUCGAGGCAAUGGUACAUUUUGUAAGGCAACUAGAGGAGAUACUUGGCGGUCCAGUGAAUUGGAAAGAAAAAAUAGGAGAAGCCGAACCACUAUCAACUAGCAUAACAUCAUCGACAUCGGUAGAAGUCUCCUCCCCGAUGGAUUCGCCAUCAAAACAGUUGGUGCCUCCCUCAGAAUGGGAUAAGGACCUCUCCGAACAUGUGGAACCAACGCCCAACAACAUUGCUUUCAUGGCCUCAGAGGUCAUGCACGCCAGGCGCUUAUGCCAGCGACUUCAACAAUUAAGCGAGAAACACACUGAAACCUUUCCAGUUCGAAACCCAUUGGGGGAAACCUCUAUACUUCAGUCCGAAAAAUGCCUUGAUGAGUCUGGUGCUUCGCGGUCGCCGUCUCGCAAGUUAUCCCAACAUCACCUGGUUGACAAUGGGCAAAUGUCGCUACCUCUCAAAUUGGCUUCCCAAAAUUCCUCGCAGAAAUGCACUCCACCUCGAUUAGGUCGCUCAAGACAGUGUGCGUUGGAAUGGUUGAGUUGGAUAUGAUAGAAGGGGAAUAACAGCAACUUUUAUUAUAUUAAAUGGAAACUAUCUUCUUCUUAUUGAUUCUGAUUUCAUGGUACGUUCCUUUGCAGCAGAAAAAGUUUCGCUGGAUUAGCUUCGUUUCGUGUUGGGCUUACUUGUUAUUAACGUAUCAAAUCUUGAUAAAA